GAUACCAAGUGUGACCCGGAUCCUUCAGCAGACUAUGACAUCAGAACAGAUUUUCUAUUUGGAGAGGUGGAAACAGCGAAUGAUUCUGGAACUGGGAGAGGAUGGCUUUGCAGAAUAUACUAAAAACAUAUUUUUGCAAGGGAAACUGUUCCAUGAAGCCUUGGAAAACAUACUUUCACCCCAGGGAGACCUAAAAACGAGAGAUGAAAAUCUCCUUGAACUUGGCUACGUUAAAAGUAUUCAGCAUGUUCUAAAUGAUGUCAGUGGAGUGCAAGCUCUUGAAAGUGCUGUUCAGCACGACACCUUAAAGUAUGUAGGUCUACUGGAUUGUGUGGCUGAAUAUCAGGGCAAGCUAUGUGUGAUUGAUUGGAAGACAUCGGAGAAACCAAAACCACACAUCCGAAAUACUUUUGACAAUCCAUUGCAAGUUGUGGCAUACAUUGGUGCCAUAAAUCAUGAUGCCAACUAUAGCUUUCAGGUUCAGUGUGGCUUAAUUGUAGUGGCCUAUAAAGAUGGAUCCCCUGCCCACCCACAUUUCAUGGAUGCAGAGCUCUGUUCCCAGUACUGGGCAAAGUGGCUUCGUCGACUAGAGGAAUAUACAAAGAAGGAAAAGAACAAGAAUAUUCAAAACCCAGAUUAGGACUCUGGUUACUGUCUGGGAACAUUCAGUACUUUCUCGGUUUGAGAGAAUAGUUCAUUUGCUUAGUUUAUUAAAACUGAAGAUGUCACAAGAUCUGACAUUUUCUGUUAACACAAAUGGGAGUAUUAUUUUUUUCUUAAUUUACUGCAACAAAAAAGCCAGAAAAAGUUUAUUUUUAAAGAGCUACCCUUCAGCACAUGGAAGAUAACUAUACUACCUCGGAUUGUCAUUUACCUGAAAAGGGUACAAACAGGAUUGGCAUGACAUUGGUGGUUCUUGGACUCCUCCAUAGACCUUUCUGUGUCCUGGGCAGGUUGCCCAGCCUUUGAAAUCAGAUUGGAGGCAGUGAGGCUUGGUGUGCCAGGCAUUCCUCCAGGGUACAUCCAGAGAUAAGGAGCCAAGAUCAAGCCCCCACCCCAGUGAAUAUGUGGAGGAAUUACUCAAAUCAACCCACUACGCCUGUUAAUGCAGUUUCUUAAAGCCGGUUUUAUAUGUUGGGAUUCUCUCUAUAUAUAUUUUAUUUGGGGUAAUUAGCAGUACCCUUUGGCAUAACACCAAAUAGUCCCCAGAAAUAGCCAAACCUUAGUGUGAGAAUUGUAAUUGUAACUAUAUUCUGAUUUGAGUCAAUGAAUCAUAUACACAGAAAAAAAAAGUGUCAUUUGUAGAAUUUUUCAACUAUGGGGAACAAUAAUAAAACGGAAUGGCUUUUUGUGUUCAAUAAAUAAUAAAAGUUGUCACUAGGUCUAGGAAAUAUAAAUACCCAUUAUAGCCCUGGGGAAGAUGUUGCUGUUUUCUAGAGUGGGUUUACAUUUAAGUCAUAGUUUUUCUUAAAAUAGUAGGGUGUUAACAAUCACUUUUUUUUUCACUAGCCAUUAAAUAAAAUACAAGAUGUGAGUAAUAAGGCUUUUGUUUUUGUUGCUUUGUAAUUAAAUUUGUGUGUUCACAGAAACAUUAAUUCCAAAGGGCACCUGCACCCCUAUGUUUAUAGCAGCACUAUUUACAAUAGCUAAGCUAUGGAAACAACCCAAAUGCCCAAAAAUAGAUGACCGGAACAAGAAGAUGUGGUAUAUAUGCACAAUGGAAUAUUACUCAGCAAUCAAAAAAGAUAAACACAUGCAGUUUGCAGCAACAUGGAUGGAGCUAGAAGGGAUCAUGGUCAGCGAAAUAAGUCAGAAAGAAAAAGAAAAAUAUUGCAUGGUCUCACUCAUAGCAGGAAUUUAGAAAACCUAAAUAAGGGACCAGGAAAAAGACUAAUUACAAAGUAAAAAUCAAAAUCAACAAGGAACUAAACCGGAGACACACUAUGGGGGUAGGAGGGAUGGCAGGGAGAGGAAGGGUUAGGGUCAAAAAAUGAGAGGGAGUGCAAUUGUAUGGGGAAUAUAACCGA